CUGCUCAGUGCCUUCUGCUGCUGCUGCUGCUGCUGCUGCUGCUGUGCAGGCCUUUCUGCCUGUUCCACUGUGGCUCUAGUGCGUGGUUGACAGGGAGGAUACUCAGGCGAGGAUAGAUGACAAUUGCUGCUCAUCAUUAUCAUCACCAGCAUCAUCAUCAUCAUCAUCAUCAUCAUUAUUCUCGCCGAGGACUGUGCAGACGGACACCGGAUGAGGCAAGGAGGCAGUUAUUCAUUCCCCCUCCAACUUCCCGACCUCAGAAGAAUGUGUGGUUUAGAAGAAGUCGAGCGACUAAUUCUUCACCCUCUACCUACAGAAGAUUGGCAGAAUGUGUGAAAUUGACAAUGCUAUCGAAGGAUGUCAGCUCCGACCGGCAGACGGAUCUACUUCGGGUUCCGUGCUGGUGGUACAGGCAAUCAAUCACCGGUUCCAAGUAGAAAAAGAGAAAAAGACUAGACAGAAAUCAGAAAGACAGCGAACUUGACUGAUUCAUGAGCG